AUGCGGACUACUCCUUUAGGUGUGUUCAUUUUAUAUGUUAACAAAAAAACAUGUGAAGAUGCUUGGCUAUAUUAUGAGCAUCUAUUUAAUAUAUCAACAACACUAUUUGAUACUGAGGAACUAACUAUUAAGGGUAUUCGUGAAAACAACCAGUUGUUAGCGGACCAGGAAACUAAAAAUAUCCGAGAAUAUCCAGCAAAUAUAUUUUCCUUAUCAGUAAUGAACGCUUACGAUCGUGAUUUAUCUAGAAAUGGUCCAUUUUUCAAAAAACCAGAACGAUUUGAGUUAUGUCCUAGUGGAUUGAUUAAAAACGGUUUAAUACUGGACGGUCGAUAUUUAAAUAAUUGGCAGCGAUCAUUUAUUAAAGUAAUACCAUCGUCACAUGAUCAAGUGGAAUUUGAAGCAAAACUACGUCGUUUUGGUGUCAAUUUAAAUGAUUACAUACAGUUGUAUCAUACCUCAUCAAAAACAAAAUUAUUUACAUUACCUGGUGCUCAGUUUAUGGCAUUACAUUACGAACAGUAUGUUGGUGAAUAUUAUAAAUAUGUUGAUGAUUUAUUUAUGAAACAAGAAAUUGAAUUACUACUCGAAGCAGACUUGAUUCAAGAGCAAAUAGUUAGCGGUCAAACAACAUAUAUAUUGAGAGUAUAA